CUGAGCGGAACAAAAGUAACCAAUAUGAAUGUUCCACUACGGAUUUCAUUUCCGUUACUCCUGACUCUCGGGAUGGUUUUAGCUAGACGAUGAAUUAAGCUAAUAAUGUAUGUUUGUGUCUCACAAUGUCAACACACUCACGUUUAUAUCUAUAACUUUGAAGGAAUCUGAUGAUAUUGUUGUCUGCCACAAUGGAACGUGAUAUUUUAGAUGUUCUGGAACAAAUCGGGUAUGACGGACCUCUGCAGGGUGAGGAGACGCUUGUCAAAGCAUGUGAAGAUGGACUGUCAUCGCCUGAGUAUGUCAACCUAUGCAUGUGGUUUAAAUCCCGUCUGAAACCGUUAUGUGACCUGGAAGAGAGCAGUACAUCAGGUUCUGGUGAUACUGAUGGCCUUCAGUUGGAGAUGAGUGGUAUGCUGAAGGAGUUGGAGUGCCCCUAUCAAGGCCUUGUCUCCGGGAUUCUACAGGGAGGGCUGCAGAAUAAAAAAGACCAUCUAAAGCUAGUAUUGUUUUUAGGCUCAGAGGUACAAGCUGCACAGAUAGUGAAGAGCCGACUUGUUGAGGACAAACAACACAAAGACCGAAACGAUCUCCAGGCAAUCUGUGAAACACUGAAGCUCCCACUGCCAAGAGAGCAGGAAGUAGUAGAGCUGUUCUCCAGGAUAGAACAAAAGAUAAACGCAGUGCUUCAAGAGCUUCCAAAGGAUCACAUUGGAAAGCCAGUGCUGGAGAACACUCUCGACAGUGAACAGUGGGAAAGGCUGGAGCAGAUCAACACGGUCCUGUCCUCACAGUAUGAGUGUCGGCGGAGGCUGCUGAUCAAACGUCUGGACGUCACUGUGCAGUCUUUCGGCUGGUCAGACAGAGCCAAGGAGAGAGUUGACUGUAUGGCCAGGGCCUACCAGCCUAAGAGACACUCCCUGGCCCAGAUGUCGUCUGUGGGCAUGGCUCACCUGCUGGCAGCCAGGGAGGACAUCUGCAAUGUGGUGAAGACCAGCAGUGGCUCAAGCAGAGAGAAUACUGCCUGUGCCGUCAAUAAGAUCCUGAUGGGGAGGGUGCCAGAUCGCGGUGGUCGGCCCUCUGAGAUAGAUGCCCCCCUCCCUGAGAUGCCAGCCUGGCAGAAGAGACAAGACGGAGGUUUUGGCGGCCGUGGUGGUGGUGGUCGAGGAGGUGGUGGUAGUUGGGGAGGGGGUAAGGGUGGCUGGCGAGGAGGGGGUGGAGUAGGAGGUGGCGUUGGUUGGGGUCAUGGAGGAAAGAGAGGCCGUUAUCAAUACUAACAACAAUGAUUUAUUUUUGACUGAAAAGCCAAACCGUGUUAACUGAAAACUACUCAUGUGUAGCUGCUUUGCUAAGGGCAACACGGAGGCAUUUUUUAUUUGGAGUGAUGUGGACUUGACUGAUAUUUACAGAAUGCUACUGUAGGAACUCUCCAAAAUAUUUGUCACCCGUUUUUGUGUUAAUUCUCAAUGCUGUUAUGAACUGUGCUGCUGAGAAUCGUUGUAGAAGCAACGAGUCAAACUCACUGACCAUUUUUUAUUAUUUUGGUAAAACUACUUGACACCCUGUGUUAACACAUUAUGACACGGUCAUAACCUGUUAUAAUACUGUCAUGAUGCAUAUAUUUACACCGGUUGUGACAUUGUGUUAUUUUAUUGCUGGUUAUGACACCUACAUAAGAGUGUCAAAACCCACAUUUAUUCAAAUUAGUUUUUUUCCUGCCAAGAAAUGUCCUUUUCAUUUGAAAGUUUCUCUUUAAAUCCUUUGUUUUUGUUUAGUCAUGUAUUUUUUAAUAAAUGUUUUAAUAACUUGUAGAGUAUUUUCUAUGACAGUCAUGAAGAUUUAGGACCAUCCUGUUUUAUUUUACUUGGACUAAGAAAAUACACUUUAUGACACUGUCAAGAAGCAUUAUGACCAUAUUAUCACACAAGCCAGAUAGGCCUAUCACGUACAUGCCCUUAUAUCAGUCAAAAGGAGGGUGUCUUGUCCUGCUCCUGCAUUCAUCAGCAACCGAGCAUGGGGGUAGGUGCAUGUCUGACGUCAAUGUGUGCACAAUUACAAUGAUCAUUUAACAUGGUAAAUAUAAAAUAUAUAUACAUCAUAAACAUACUGUUACAUACAGUACCAGUCAAAAGUCUGGACAUGCUUACUCAUUCAAGGGUUUUUAUUUUUUACUAUUUUCUACAUUGUACAAUAAUAGUGAAGACAUCACAACUAUGAAAUGACACAUGGAAUCAUGUAGUAAUCAAUUAAAGUGUAUACAUUUUAGAUUCUUCAAAAAAGCCACCCUUUGCCUUGAUGACAGCUUUGCACACGCUUGGCAUUCUCUCAACCAGCUUCACCUGGAAUGCUUUUCCAACAAUCUUGAAGUAGUUUCCACAUAUGCUGAGCACGUGUUGGCUGCUUUUUCUUCACUCUGUGGUCCAACUCAUCCCAAACCAUCUCAAUUGGGUUGAGGUCAGGUGAUUGUGGAGGCCAGGUCAUCUGAUGCAGCACUCCAUCACUCCUUGGUCAAAUACCCCUUACACAGCCUGGAGGUGUGUUGGGUCAUUGUCCUAUUGAAAAACAAAUGAUAGUCCUACUAAGCGCAAACCAUAUGUGAUGGCGUAUUGCUGCAGAAUGUUGUGGUAGCCAUGCUUGUUAAGUGUGCCUUAUUCUAAAUAAAUCACAGACAGUAUCACCAGCAAAGCACCCCCACACCAUCACACCACCUCCUCCAUGCUUCAAGGUGGGACCCACACAUGCAGAGAUCAUCCGUUCACCUACUCUGCGUUUCACAAAGGCACAGUGGUUGGAACGAAAGACUCAAAUUUGGACACAUGAGACCAAAGGACAGAUUUCCACCGGUCUAAUGUCCAUUGCUUGUGUUUCUUUGCCCAAGUAAGUCCCUUCUUAUAGGUGUCCUUUAGUAGUGAUUUCUUUGUAGCAAUUUGACCAUGAAGGCCUGAUUCACGCUGUGUCCUCUAAACAGUUUAUGUUGAGAUGUCUGUUACUUGGACUGUGAAGCAUUUAUUUGGGCAAAAAUCGGAGGUGCAGUUAACUAAUGAAGCAGAGGUAACUCUUCCUUUUGAGACUACACUUGAAGAAACGUAUUUUUCUGUAUUGACUGACAUUCAUGUCUUAAAGUAAUGUUGGACUGUUUCUCUUUGCUUAUUUGAGCUGUUCUUGCCAUAAUAUGGACUUGGUCUUUUACCAAAUAGGGCUAUCUUCUGUAUACCUCCCCUACCUUGUCACAACACAACUGAUUGGCCCAAACUCAUUAAAAAGGAAAGAAAUUCCACAAAUGAACUUUUUACAAGGCACACCUGUUAAUUGAAAUGCAAUCCAGGUGACUACCCCUUGAAGCUGGUUGAGAGAAUGCCAAGAGUGCAAAGCUAUCAUCAAGGCAAAGGGUGGCUAUUUUGAAGAAUCUCAAAUAUAAAAUAUAUUUUGAUUUGUUUAACCCUUUUUUGGUUACUACAUGAUUCCAUAUGUGUUAUUUCAUAGUUUUGAUGUCUCACUCUUAUUCUACAAUGUAGAAAAUAGUAAAAAUAAAGAAAACCCCUGGAAUGAGUAGGUGUGUCCAAACUUUUGACUGGUACUGUACACGUAGACUAUAGUAUAAUGGAAUGUGCGCAAUUACAAUGAUAAUUUAACCUGGUAAAUAAAAUAAAAAUAUAUACAUAAACAUACUGUUACAUACACAUAGGCUAUGGUGUAAUGCAAUGUUUUGCCUUGUGGUAGGUUUUGUGGGUUUUGACACAUAUGUAGAUGUCAUAACCAGCCAUAAAAUAACGCAAUAUAUGUCAUGACAGUGUUAUGACCAACUAAAACAGGCUAUGACAAGUUGUCAGCUGUUGUGACAUAUUAUGACAUGGUUAUGUCCGUGUCAUAACGUGUUAUGACGCUGGGUGUCAAUUAAAGUGUUACCCAUAUUUUCUAUACUUAUGGUAUGUUGGUAGUUUAAGCAAAUUAAAAUGGUUGGAAAUUUGAA